AUGCAUAUGAACUCGCUGGCCGCGCUGGCGCUCGUCGCGCCGGCGUCAGCUUUGCUCCGCUUCGGGUGUUCGCAGCUCGUCGUCGAGCGUCUCGAUCCUCUGACUAACCCAUCGGAUCAGGAUGCCUUCAACGUGACCAUGGACCCAGAGAGCGGCGACAUCGCAGAAAAAGCCACAUGCACCACCUGCCAGUUCAGCGAAGACUUCUCGAACUACUGGACGGCGGUGCUCUUCUUCAAGGCGCGAAACGGCACAUACCAACGAGUGCCACAGAUCCCCAACGUCGGGUUCGAGGGCCAGACGGGCGGGAUGACAGUCUACUACAUGCAGGACGGGCUGGCCAACUACGAGCAGACAUCCAAAGUCACAGCCUUCAAGACGGGCUUCCGCAUGCUGGUGGGCGAGGCGUCGUACCGCAGCAAGGAGCAGGCGAACCGGUUCCGGCAGAUCACGUACACGUGCCUCCAGAACCCGGGGACGCGCUUCCCGGAGUCGAUGGACUUCCCCAAGGAGCCGUGCCCCGCGGGCAUCAUGGCCAACGUGCGCUUCCCGACCUGCUGGGACGGCAAGAACCUCGACAGUCCGGACCACAUGAGCCACAUGUCAUACCCGGAGCUGGGCACCUUCGAGAGCGGUGGCCCCUGUCCCGAGUCGCACCCCGGUGACUCGUUGCAGCGGGCGAUGGAUUCGCCGUGCUAUGUCAACUGCCCGACGCUCAAGACGCAGAGCGUCUCGGAGAUGAACAAGUGCUCCGUCCCGAAUACUGUGGACGAGGACUUCAGUGGUUGGCUCAAGGCACUGCCGGGUGCGCCGACGGGCGUAACCAAUGUCCGUUCGAAGAUGGCCGCGGCAUGUGCGGAUCCGACUGAAGCAUUGAAGAGCGCUCGCGCACCGAAAACACCGACCAUGACGUCGCUUCGGAUGUCAGCGGCCCCAGGCGGCCAGGAAUCGGAGGUCGGCAAAACCGUUGGGAUCUCGGAUGGCAACCCGCGCUGA